AUGUCAGUUGUGGGUUCUCUUAUAUUCUGUUUGGAGUGUGGUAAUCUAUUAGGUAAUCCCAAUGAGGCUGUCGGUAGUCAGCUUGAGUGUUCGCAAUGCCAGAAGUGCUACUUGAAAUCUGAAUUUACAAAUUUGAAGGUUGUCACAACUACUGCAGAUGAUGCUUUUCCAUCAGCUUUAAGAUCUAAGAAAUCUGUUGUUAAGACUAGUUUGAAGAAAAACGAAUUGAAAGAUGGUGCUACUAUUAAGGAAAAAUGUCCAAAAUGUGGGAAUGAAGAAAUGCAAUAUCAUACUUUGCAAUUAAGAUCGGCGGAUGAAGGUGCCACCGUUUUCUACACAUGUCCAUCAUGUAAUUAUAAAUUUAGAACAAAUAAUUAA